AUGAUGUGGCUGCGCCUGGUUUUUGGGGCCUUCGUUUUCCUUGGACCUUGGUCCAACGCCUCGGAAAUCGACAGCUGCCCAGCAGAAGGCUGUGCUUUGGAGAACUUGAGCUGUGUCAAAUGGCGACAGACGGUGGGAUGUGACCCCAAAGGAUCUCGCGAGAAGAGCGGCGACAAAGAGUGCCAUGAGGAGAUUGGGAUUGGAAGCAGUGGCUAUUGUCAGUGUGCUUCAAGUUCCUCCUCUGAGAGGGUGAAAGCUCGCGCAGUGAGCUGCGAUCAUCGACCCUUUCGAUGCUCCACGGAGUGUUUGCAAGCAGUGCGCUAUCGCUGCAUCAGUUGGCGUCAAACCGGGGGCUGCAGCGCGGAUGGCACACGCGAGCCGAACAAGGACCAGACAUGCAGGGCAUUGAUCGAUCCCAGAAGUAGUGGCUACUGCGAAUGCGGUGGGGGUCGGAUCAUCCGAAAGCCCGGCUGUGCGCAUGGAGAAUGGGCCGAACCCUUCACCCGUUUGGACGAGUGUGCAGGUGAAGCAUCUCUCUAUGAAGAGCUGGGCGUGGAUAGCAGUGCCAGUGACAAAGAGAUCAAGCAAGCUUUCCGCAAGCUGUCGUUGGUCCACCACCCAGAUAAGACCAGGAAUGAUCCUGUUCUCACUGCGAGAUUUUCCCAGAUCCGGGAAGCCUAUGAGAUCCUGGGUGAUGAAGGUCAACGUGCCAUCUAUGACUCAGCGGGCUUGCAGCUGCUUUAUGAGUUUCUGAGCAACAAAGCUGAAAAGGGGCAAUCAAGCACCACCGAAGUCAAAGUCACGCUGGAGCAUAUGUACAAUGGUCAACUGAUUCAAGUCUCGGUCCCUCGUGUGUUGGUCUGCCGCGGCUGCCGCGAGCGGCAAACGGAGCGCUGUCGCCGAUGCAACACGCGCUGCGCGGACGAGUUGGAGUAUCGCAAAGUGAGAAUGGGCAACAUGAUCAUGCAGCAGCAGGUGCAGGUGCCUUCCAAGGAGAAGUGCCGCACCGAGCAGCACCCAGUGACGCUGAUGGUGGAACGGGGCAGCUCCAAUGGGGACACGUUGAUCUUUCAGCACCGGGGAGGACUUCUGACACCCAAAAAGGUGCCAGGUGACGUCAUCGUGAAGCUGGUGGAAACCAAACACGUUGCCUUCCGCCGCGCCGGUGUGGAUUUGCACACCGAGGUGACCAUCACGUUGCGCGAAGCGCUGUUAGGCUUCGAGAGAACACUGCAACACUUGGAUGGUCGUACCAUCUACUUUGGCCACAAGGGCGUCACCAAGCCCUUCGCGGUGAUGAAGAUCUCGAAAGAAGGGAUGCCACACAAAGAUCCCACGGAGAAGGGUGAUCUCUACAUCAAGUGUAAAGUGGAGAUGCCAGAAGAUGGACCGAAAUGGUUGGAAGAGAUGAAACGCUGA